AUUCUAUCAAUGGGUCCAUCCACAGACGCUUUGCACAGUUGUAAAAUGCAGCACUGAAGCUAAGCGGAAGUGACGUUCCAGCUAAUGGAGUCAUUCCAGCGGAAGUUACGUGAUUGUGAAAAUGCUCUAUCCCCCUCCCAUUCUCUUGACGUCCCCACUUCCACGUCUCUGUUGUGUGUAUCCCGGAGCGGAGAGCGGCUUCCCCCUGUGGGAGCAGGAGAGACGGGGGACAUGGCGGCGGUGACGGUUGCUGGGGGCGGGGGGCAGUCCCUGCUGUCGGUGUCAGGGAGGGGGCCCGGGUGGCCAUGCUGUGCAUGCUGUGGUAUUCUGUGAGCUCCGGGGGGAACGUGGUGAAUAAAAUCAUCCUGAACAGCUUCCCUUACCCGGUCACCGUGUCCCUCUUCCACAUCCUGGCCAUCUGCUGCUUCCUGCCCCCGCUGCUCCGGGCCUGGGGGGUCCCGCACACACAGCUGCCGGCCAGGUAUUACCGCUGGUACAUCAUCCCGCUGGCCUUCGGCAAGUACUUCGCCUCCGUGUCUGCGCAUUUCAGCAUCUGGAAAGUGCCCGUGUCCUACGCACAUACCGGUGGGUAUAGCGGAAACUGCACCGGGGGGGUGGGCUGCUGGCAUGGGAUAAUAUGGUAUACCUGGGGGGAGAGGGGAGGGGGCUGCUGGCAUGGGAUAAUAUGGUAUACCUGGAUGGUAUACCUGGGGUAGAGGGGAGGGGGCUGCUGGUGCUGGGAUAUAUAUGGUAUACCUGGGGGUGAGGGGAGGGGGCUGCUGGCAUGGGAUAAUAUACCUGGGGGUAGAGGGAGGGGCUGCUGGCAUGGGAUAAUAUGGGAUACCUGGGGUAGAGGGGAGGGGGCUGCUGGCAUGGGAUAAUAUGGUAUACCUGGGGGGAGGGAGGGGCUGCUGGCAUGGGAUAAUAUGGUAUACCUGGGGAGAGGGAGGGGCUGCUGGCAUGGAUAAUAUGGUAUACCUGAGAGGAGGCUGCUGGAUGGGAGGGGAUACCUGGGGAGGGAGGAGCCGCUGCAAAAUAUGGGAUACCUGGGGGUGGGCUGCUGGCAUGGGAUAAUAUGGGAUACCGAGUGGGGGCUACAUGGGUUACCUGGGGUGGGGGGGCUACCGGCAUGGUAUAUGAUCUAUGAGGGCUUGCAUUAGAUUAGAAGAACAAAUGGCAUAGUAGAUUUAAAUAAUCAUGUUUGAGGCUGGGAAAAGAAUAUAGAAUGUUUUGCAUUUUCAGAUAAAAAAUUGAAAUCAUCUCUUCUGUAAUCAGCAUGUCUGAGUUUCAAUUGAUGUGGUUAAAUGCUAAGGAUACCUGCAUAGAGUGAAAGGAAACCCAGUUUAAAAUCUAUGAUCUGAUCACAUUUUUGGUUUGGAGAAAGGUUUGACACCGUGUCAUAUAGUUGAAUGGUUAAAGUCUUGGAACUCAUGGCCUGGGGCCUUGUGGUUUUGCAUUGAUAUGGUUCUGUAGCCACUGGACAUAAUCUUGCUUCCCAUUCAAAAAGGCUAAAUAAGCAGAAGAGUGUCCAUUACUGGCAGUUCUAAAUUGGUCUUUUUUUGUGAGCUUUUUUAAAAGUGUUGUUUUGUGAAGAGUAAGGCAUUCAUUGGAAUUCCAAUGUUAUUUUGUGUUAGCAUGGGAACAAUUAACCCUGUUAUGCACAGUUGAUUGGUCUUGCUUAAGAAGAGUUAACUCAUUUUUUUUUUUUUUUUUAUACGUUUGACUUUGGGCUAGUGAUGGUCAUACACGAUAAACAAAUGGUCAUUGACAGAGGUUUAUAGGAUGAGUUUUUAAGAGGACUCAAAGGUUGAUUAUUAUUAUUUUUUUUUUUUAUAAAGCACCAACAAAUUCCACAGUGUUGUACUGGUGGACUAACAGGCAGGUAUUUGCAACAAGAUGAAUUGAACACACAGGAACAGGGUGUUGAGCCCUCUGCUGAAAUUCAUUUACAUUCUAGAGAUUAACAUUUAAAGGAAAGUUUGUCCGAUGAUCAUGUGUCUGAUGUUUGCUUGGCAUAUGUUCAGCUCUACCACAACUGGCACAAAUGUCCAACUUCUUAGUUAAUUAUGUUAACAAACUUAAUUAACUAAUUUGCACAACUUUUUACACCAGCAAGUAACUUGUCAAUCAUCCAACACAAUUUGCAUGCUUGACAUAAGUUACUUGCUGGGGUAAAAACAAAACCAUUUCAUGUGUAGAAAAGUGUUCCUAUUAUAUUAGUUUUAUUUUGCUACAAAACCUACUCAAGAGCUCAGACACUUUUUUUUUUUUUUUUUUUUAAAUAUCAUUCAACCGGUUGAUCCUUGUGGGUUCAAAAUUCUUUCUCAUUGCUACUUAAUAGUAGUUAAUAUUCCUGUAAGACCAAUCAUUCUUACUCUUUCUAUUUUAUAUGCACACCUUAAUUGAUAUGCUUAUACACUCUGCUGAUUUUGAGCAGGUGAAUCAGUAAAGCGGUAUUUUUUUAUUUAUUUAAUAUUUUUUGCUCUUUGUUUAGAAUAAGAAGACAGUUUCCUAAAGUUUAAGUCUGAUUUCAAAUAAAGGUGUUUUUUUCUAUGGGUAAAGUAAUCAUUGGGAAUUGAGGGGAAAGUGCUAAUGACUGUUUCACAGUAGCACUGAGCUGAAUGGGUUGGGUUUGUGAUUUGGGCUUCUUGUGUAUACUUUGUGACGCACUUAUGUUUUUACAUUCCAGUUAAGGCUACAAUGCCAAUAUGGGUGGUGCUGCUGUCACGAAUAAUAAUGAAAGAGAAACAGACCACCAAGGUAAGAAGAAACCUGGGGAGACCAAUGUACAUGUUUAUUACUUUAUAUAUAGCAUUCAGAAAGUAACUAGAUCUCUUAAAAAAAAUUUUCACAUGUUCUUUAUGUUGCAGCUUUAUGCUACAGUUGUUUAUUUUUUGUUUAGCUGCUCUCUAUACCGCAUAAUGAUAACAAAAAAACAGAAUUUUAAAAACUCUGCAAAUUUCUUAAUUAGUACAAUAAAAAAUCAUCUGACAUAUUGCAUUGACAUAAGUAUUAAUACUGUUUGUUAGGACAAUUGAAAUCAAAGGACCACUAUAGUGCCAGGAAAACAAUCGUUUAACUGACACUAUAGUGCCCUGAGGGUGCCCCCACCCUCAGGGUCCCACUCCCGUGGCGCUGAAGGGGAGAGGAAGGGGUUAAUCCCUUACCUUUUCUCCAGCGCCGGGCUCCCUCUGCGCUGGGACUCUCCUCCCUCUUCUGACGUCACCGGCUGAGAGCAAGAGCCGUGCGAGCAUUCAGCCAGUCUCUGCUUUCCUAUGGACGCCGGUGUCUUCUCACUGUGAAAAUCACAGUGAGAAGCGCGGAAGUGCCUCUAGCAGCUGUCAAUGAGACAGCCACUAGAGGCUGGAUUAACCCAUAAGUAAACAUAGUUUCUCUGAAACUGCUAUGUUUACAGCAAAAAGGGGUAAACCUAGAUGGACCUGGCACAGAGACCACUUCAUUAAGCUGAAGUGGUCUGGGUGCCUAUAGUGGUAUUUUAAGCUCAGAUGUAUCCCAUUUCUGUCGUGUUCAUCUUUUAGAUAUAUCUUCACUUAGACUGGAGUCCACCUGUGACAAAUUCACUUAGUUGGACAUGAUUUUGAAAGUCACACACCUGUGUAUAUAAUGUCUCACAGAUUUUAAUGCAUAUCAGAGCAAAAACCAAGCAAUGAGGUCAAAUUAACUGUCUACAGGGCUCAGAACAGGAUUGUGUUGGGGUACAUCCAGUUGCAAAAAAAAGUAUGUGAACCCUUUGGAAUGAUAUGGAUUUCUGCACAAAUUGGUCAUAAACUGUGAUCUGAUCAUCAUCUAAGUCACAACAAUAGACCAUCACAGUUUGCUUAAACUAAUAACACACAAAGAAUUAAAUGUUGCCAUGUUUUUAUUGCACACACCAUGUUAACAUUCACAGUGCAAGUGGAAAAAGUAUGUGAACCCUUGGAUUUAAUAACUGAUUGAACCUCCUUUGGCAGCAAUAACUUCAACCAAACAUUUCCUGUAGUUGCAGAUCAGUCGUGCACAACGGUCAGGAGUAAUUCUUGACCAUUCCUCUUUACAGAACUGUUUCAGUUCAGCAAUAUUCUUGGGAUGUCUGGUGUAAAUCGCUUUCUUGAGGUCAUGCCACAGCAUCUCAAUUGGGUUGAGGUCAGGACUCUGACUAGGCCACUUCAGAAGGCGUAUUUUCUUCUGUUUAAAGGACCACUCUAGGCACCCAGACCACUUCAGCUUAAUGAAGUGGUCUGGGUGCCAGGUCCUUCUAGGGUUAACCCAUUUUUUCAUAAUUAUAGCAGUUUCAGAGAAACUGCUAUAAUUAUGAAUGGGUUAAGCCUUCCCCUAAUCCUCUAGUGGCUGUCUCAUUGACAGCCACUAGAAGCGCUUGCGUGCUUCACACUGUGAUUUCACAGUGACAGCACUGCGUGCCCAUGAAGAGGCGGAGAGGAGAGGGAGAGCUCUCCCAGCGCUGGAAAAAGGUAAGUUUUACCCUUCCCCUUCCAGAGCCGGGCGGGAGGGGGUCCCUGAGGGUGGGGGCACCCUCAGGGCACUAUAGUGCCAGGAAACGCAGUAUGUUUUCCUGGCACUAUAGUGGUCCUAAGCCAUUCUGUUGAUUUACUUCUAUGCUUUGGGUCAUUGUCCUGUUGCAACACCCAUCUUCUGUUGAGCUUCAGCUGGUAGACAGAUGGCCUUAAGUUCUCCUGCAAAAUGUCUUGAUAAACUUGGGAAUUCAUUUUUCCUUCGAUGAUAGCAAUCUGUCUAGGCCCUGACGCAGCAAAGCAGCCCCAAACCAUGAUGCCCCCACCACCGUACUUCACAGUUGGGAUGAGGUUUUAAUGUUGGUGUGCUGUGCUUUUUUUCGCCACACAUAGUGUUGUGUCUUUCUUCCAAACAACUCAGUUUUGAUUUCAUCUGUCCACAGAAUAUUUUGCCAGUACUGUGGAACAUCCAGGUGCUCUUGUACAAACUGUAAACGUGCAGCAAUGUUUUGUUAGGACAGCAGUGGCUUCCUCUGUGGUAUCCUCCCAUGAAAUCCAUUCUGGUGUUUUACGUAUUGUAGAUUCGCUAACAGGGAUGUUAGCAUUUGCCAAUGACUUUUGUAAGUCUUUAGCUGACACUCUAGGAUUCUUCUUCACCUCAUUGAGCAGUCUACGCUGUGCUCUUGCAGUCAUCUUUACAGGAUGGCCACUCCUAGGGAGAGUAGCAGCAGUGCUGAACAAUUCUUAAUCGUAGGUCUUCUGAGAGCUUUUUUUUGCGAGGCAUCAUUCACAUCAGGCAAUGCUUCUUGUGAAAAGCAAACCCAGAACUGGUGUUUUUUUUAUAUAGGGCAGCUGUAACCAACACCUCCAAUCUCAUCUCAUUGAUUGGACUCCAGUUGACUGACAUCUCACUCCAUUUAGCUCUUGGAGAUGUCAUUAGUCUAGGGGUUCACAUACUUUUUCCACCUGCACUGUGAAUGUUUACAUGGUGUGUUCAAUAAAAACAUGGCAACAUUUCAUUCUUUGUGUGUUAUUAGUUUGAGCAGACUGUGAUUGUCUAUUGUUGUGACUUAGAUGAUGAUCAGAUCACAUUUUAUGACCAAUUUGUGCAGAAAUCCAUAUCAUUCCAAAGGGUUCACAUACUUUUUCUUGCAAUUGUAUAUGGGGAAGGCUAGAAAAGUCAUACCUUGUUAAAGGUUCCCAAGAGCACAGUGGCCUUCGUAUUCAUGUUAAAUGGAAGAAGUUUUGAAUAGCUUGGAUGCUUCCUAGAGCUGGUCAUUAGGCAAAACUGAGCAACAGAGGUGACCAAGCACUCUAUGAUCAUUUUGGGAGGUAUCCAGAGAUCAUGUGUUGGGUUGGGACAACUAUUACUGCAACACUCCACUGAUUUAGACUUUAAGGCAGGGUAGCCAGACCAAAACCUGCUAUGUUUACAAUAGGGUUAAUUCAGCCUCUAGUGGCUGUCUCACUGACAGCUGCUAGAGGCGCUUCUCACUGUGAAAAUCAGUGAGAAGAUGCUGGACGUCCAUAGGAAAGCAUUGAGCAAUGCUUUCCAAUGGACUGUUUGCGCGCACGGCUGAUGUCGGCAGAGAGAGGAAACUUGCCCGGCACUGAAGAAAGGUAAGUGUUUAACCCCUUCAGCCCAGCGAGAGUGGGACCCUAAGCAUGGGGGGGACCUAAAGACCCUAUAGUGCCAGGAAAACUAGUUUGUUUUCCUGGCACUAUAGUGGUCCUUUAAGACUGUAUUCUCUGCCACAGGUGCUUCAACCAAGCACUGAAGUACAAGCAUGAAUACUUAUGACAAUGUGAUAUUUCAGGUUUUUCUCUUUUGAAUAUAUUUGUAAUGGUGGCAAAAAUCUGUUUGUUUUUUUGCUUUGUCUUUAUGGGAUAUUGAGUGUAGGCUGGUGUGUGUGGAGAGGGGGUCAGGGGGUCAAUUAUAAAAUAAUGAAGGGGUCUAAAUAUUGACAGUGAGUAUAUAUCUGUGUCUGUAGGUUCUUUAUAUUACAAUACUGGAAAUUAGAUUGAAUAAGGGAUGAAAAUGUCCAAUAUGCCUUUUAAACUGGGGAAUAGGCUUGAUGAUUUGAGUGCACAGCAUCUAGACACUAUUUUGAUGUGUUCUUUACCUAUUUGACAAAGGCUUAAACUAGGACAUAAUGCCUAUUGUAUAUUUUUAUGAUCAUCCCUCCUUUCUACAGGUGUACCUAUCCCUCAUUCCCAUUAUUGGAGGAGUCCUGCUGGCCACUGUUACUGAGAUCUCCUUUGACGUAUGGGGGCUCAUCAGUGCAUUAGCUGCUACACUCUGCUUCUCUCUACAGAAUAUCUUCUCAAAAAAGGUUAGAGCAUGAUGUCACAUGCCAUAUGGGGAAUUUAUCUGCAUUUAGGAACGCUGAUUAAUAUAUUCAGAGCAGUAAUUUCAGACACCCAUGAACUUAUACAUUUAUAUCUGUAAACCUUUUUUAUACAUGCAGAAAUAAAUUAAAAAGCAGAUAAAUGCUGGAGAAAUAAACUGCAAAGAUGGCUCCUAUAGAAAUUAGGCGUUUAAAAAAAAAUCUAGAACAAAAGAAAUGUUACCUCAAAGUAGUAGAGUAGUGAGCGUUUGAACGCAUGGUUUGUAUAUUAAAAUCGAUGGUUCUUGCUUAUUGCUUCAUUUUUUAUUUUUUUAACACUUUCCCAAAAUUGGUCUUUGUACAAAAUCCCCAUUAUAUCAGAAAUGUUUCUGAUUAAGCAUAGAUUUCCCGAUCCCUAUGUUGGAUUUCCUUAUAAUAGAAGCAAACUCUGUACCCUUUGUGUUAGGGAAGGUUGCGUGUGUUCACUUACCUGAGUAGCUUUAUCAAAGCUUUGCCAAGGUGAGGUGUGCAGCUAAGUAUAAAACAUGGUUUGCCUGCAGGAACUGAUGGUAGUAUCUUCCUACCAUAUUUAAUGCAUAUGUGCUCUGGUAUUUUCUUCUCAUCAUGCACGUAUGUUUGACAGACAUUUUUCAUAAACCUGCAAAUCUAAUAUUGUGAAAUUAAACUCAUAUUGCCUUAAUACUGCCUCCUUCUUUUUUAUUUAUUUUUUUAUUUUUUUAUGUUAAAAAAAUAAUAAUUUUGGGGUGGGGGAGUGCAACACAUAAAAGCUUUUAGUUAGCUUUCAGGUUGUGUAGUUAUCUUAAAUUUUUCACCUAAACUGAGUAAUUAAAAACUAAUUCUACAGUGUUAUUUACUAAUGUUUGAAUUGUCUGGAAAGCAAAGUGAAUAGCAAAUUAUAGCCCAGAGUAGCCAAACUGGAAACAGCUGACCUGGGUAGAUUUUUCUGAUUUGAUUAUUUUGGAAUGUGAUAUUCCAUUUGAAUUCCCAGUACUGCACACUUGUGAAUAACUGUGAUAUGUGCCUAGUUAGUACUCAAGGCAUAAUAUUUUGAAUGCAAAACCAUAUUUUGACAUUAUGAGCAAGCACCCUAAAGUUCUUCUUUUUACAAUAUUACUAGGUCAUUAUUUGUCUGGUAUUAUAUAUGGUUUUGAAUUGCAGAGAUGAAUUCCAAGGUUUUGAUUUGAAGGGUUGCUGUUAAAUAUACCUAUAGUUGUCAACACCGAUGCAUGAUAGCUAAUAACUUGUAAAUUGUUCCAUCACAUAGAGUGGAUUCUGUUUAAGUGCUCCAGUCUAUAGCAUGCUUCUUGUUUCCACUGUUCAGGUAUUGCGGGAUUCUCGGAUACACCACUUGCGAUUACUAAACCUCCUAGGCUGUCAUGCAGUCUUUUUCAUGAUCCCGACAUGGGUGCUGCUGGAUCUUUCAUCCUUCUUGGUGGAGAGUGACUUGGUAAGAAAGUUUUGUAGACUGAGCCUAGAAAUGGCUUAUUUCAUGGUGAAAAAUCAUUAUCACAUUCUGGUUUGACAGGAAUCCUAUACACAGAAAAAUGAAAUAAGGCAGGAAUGGGCUUGCUAAGAGAAUGGAGAAAAUGUCCGUUGGGGUGCUCUACUUUCAAUAAUUUGGCUGUUGGCUUAUUUUGUAGCCUUCAGUGAUCCUUGCUGACACUUUAGACAUGUCUGUUCAGACAAAGUUGAUCUAAGCACUGUAACAACUUAUGCUUAUUGCAAAGGUUAUGGUGUAUUGCAUUCCCCUGUCACUGCCCCAGUGUGUUCUAACGACAAUAUGUCAAAGCUGUACAGCUUUAAAGGGAUACUAUAGUCACCAUAACCACUAAAGGCUAAUGUCUAUAUCCUGUCUCUGCAUGCUUUUUAAUGUAAACAAUGACCUUUCAGAGGAAAGGCAGUUUACAUUACUGCCUAGUAACACCUUUAGUGGCAGUCACUCAUAUGGCCACUAGAGGUGCUUUUUGGGUGGAUACACUGAAUGCUACCCAAGGAGAUGUAUUGAUUCAAUGCAUUUCUACGAGGAGAUGCUGAUUUGCACAGUGUGGCGAUUUGCGGUGCAUGUGCAACAUGAAAAAAGCCAAGUUCAACUUUUCUAUCAAACUACAGCAGGUUUCAGUGCUUAGAUUGCCAUUUGGUGUUUGACUUUUCAUUAGUGCAGGGAGUUUAACCCCAUUUUAUACUAAUAAUACCCUUUGUCAUUUAUUACUGGUCACAUAGCUGAAAAGAGACUUGCAUCCAUCAAGUUGAGCCUUUCUCACAUAUGUUUUUGCUGUUAAUCCAAAAAUGUAUGUUCAGCUUUGGCUUUGUGUCUGCGUGCCUUCACCGUUUCCUCAUUCUGUACCUUGUUUUUCCCUCUUCUAUUCUAGAGCUCCGUCUCUCAGUGGUCCUGGACACUGUUCCUCCUCAUUGUCAGUGGUACUUGUAACUUUACCCAAAACCUUAUUGCCUUCAGUAUCCUGAAUCUCAUCAGUCCACUUAGUUACUCUGUGGCCAAUGCCACCAAGAGAAUCAUGGUCAUUACAGUCUCACUCCUUAUGUUGCGCAACCCAGUGACCGGUACCAAUGUUCUAGGAAUGUUAACUGCAAUCCUUGGAGUCUUCUUGUACAAUAAGGUUAGUAUGUCAUUACAUGAACCGUUACAUUGCUGGAGUUAAAAUUAAAUGUCAAAUUAAAGGGAGGAUGUUCCUUUCACUCACUUUUAAAGAAAUUAGAUUACGGUAGGUUCCCACGGGGGGUGAUUUAGAGAUCUAAAGAAUCCAAAGAGAGCAAUUGACCACAUAUUUCUUUGAGGUAUGAAACAAUCCUGGUUUGCAUUGUAUGAAUAUUGUUUUUGACCAUUGCUUGGCACUAGGAGAUUUCUUGUACAUGCAUAAGGGUGGAGUGGUGUGUUGCAGUAACACAGUCUCAAGAGUAAUAAGUACCUUGGACCCAUUUUAUGUCAUUAGUGUCUGCACAAACAAGAUUCCAGAUUAUAUCAAUUGGAGAGCAGCACUAUUAUAAGUGGACUGUAUAGUCAGGAAUCACAGAAAACUUCCAAAACAGGUUAGGUUGAUCUGAAUGCAAAUUUGGUUCCUAUCACUUGAUUUGUUGCAUGUUAAAUGGCAUAGGAUAUAUUUAUGUGUACAAAGAUUCUAGUCUUCGAAACAAGCACACAGAAGGCUCAUGGGAUAAAACCAUGUUCACACCUGCUGUACUGCUGCUAGCAUUUAAAUUCUAUAUUGGACAUAUCCUGUGCAAUUGAUGUUUACACAGUAUACUCUAGUUUACAUACACAAAGCACAACACAGGAUUCAAGUAGCCCUGAGUUCCAAUGAGUUUUCUGCAUGCAAUUGGUACAGUGGCUGCCGCUACUCUGUCUGUUUAUAUGGAUUCCUGGGAAAUGUAGGUGUGUGCAUUAGUUUGAUUUGACGGCGUGCCUGUAUACAUAUCGUUAUCUGUGUAACAGAGUAACUGGGGUUUUAGUUUUCUGUAUGUGUACACCUGUCUGAGUAUUAUGAUCUGUGUACCAUUGUAUAAAGGUAACUGUAAAUGUUUGUGUAUGUGUGUGGUAUUGAGAUGUGCCAUGUUACAUCCUUGAGCCCUAAACUGCUUUUUAUUGAAAGACAGACCUGGCACCCAAAGCAAAAGUAGUGGUCUAUGCAAGUCACAACUAUAUAGUGCACUUUCAUUGUAUGUUUUGUGCAGUAACAGUAUCGGUCUGCUUUUGUAGAAGCAUGUUAUUUUUAGGACCUUCUUUCUAAAUGGUAACUGGUCUGACCUUGAAGUCCUGUCUUUUUCAUUUAUAAUAAAGUACUGAUGUGUUCUGUUUAGAUCUACGGUAGAUUACAUUACAGCUUCUGGUAUACAUCACUAUUAUUACUGUGUUCUAUUAAUAUUAAGGAGAUGUAAUCACACCCCCUGUGUAUUUAUUUAUAUAUAUAUAUAUUGUGUGUGUAUGUAAAAAGUGAUACAUUACUCGGAGUGAUACAUUACUCUUGGUACAAUUAUGCUUUCAAUUGCUGUUUGUUGGUACUUUGCUCCCUGUAGUUAGAUUGGAAUCUCUGCAGGUUUGAUUGCUCAUGCCUGCAUUUUUGUAUUUGUAGUAUAAGUUACAUGUCUUCUUUAUGCAUUAUCUAUUCCUUAGGUAGUAUAGUUUGUAUAUUUAUAUCUUGUUAAUAGGUUGCUACAGGCUAAUUGCAGUUUGAUCGUUUUUCGAUUAGUUCUGCCUGCUGUCUAUCUCUAACGUAUUCUCUAUGGAUUUUCUCUGUAUCUAAAUGGCCCCUGAUGGGGUGUAUAGGUCUUUCUUCAACAUUUUUUAUUCCUGUAUGCAGGCUAUGUUUUUAGUUAUAUGUAUAUGUAUUAUUUUGUUGGUUAUACUGGGUUGCUAUGGGAACGACCCCGGGAGGCGCACGUCUAUGACAUCAUCAGUGUCAAUCAUUUGACCUGAGCAGGCUGCUGGUCAGGUGCCCCUGGGAUCACUCCUAUCCUCAACCUGGGUAAGGUAAGGGAAUACUGAGGGUAUAUAUUCUUAGGGAUUUGAUUUGCAAGCUCAUCCUGAUGAAAGUCUGUGAUACAGACUGAAACGUUGAUUUUUAUUUUGAGCUAAUAAAAGCUAAGUUUUAUUCAUUCAACUUGGAAGUCCCUGGAGUGCUAUCUUGUACUUUUGGCUGUGUGUGUAUAUGUAGAUAUGAUUUAGUAUAUAUAUAUUUAUCCUGUACUGAUAAAGCACAAUUUACUUUGUUUGAAAUGCCCCAUUCUUUCUCUCACUGAAACUACAUUUUUCGAGGAAAGAAAUCUUGAGUGAUUAUCCAGUACUUCUGUGGAAGAAUUGCUGAUUCAGUUUUUAAAAACCUGUGUAACAGGAACUAUAGAAUGAAUGCUGUGAGCUUACGAUGUAAUUUAAUGCAAUUCAUUUCUCACUCGUGACCGUUUUGCUCUGGAAUUAAGUAGCAGUGUUCUAUUAAUUGUAGACUGUAGUAAGUCACACUAUUGUGCAUAACUUAAACAGAGCUUUCUUAUUUAGUUAUACUUUACAUUUCUUCUGCAGUUCACUUCUUAAUUCUCCUGUCCGACACCUAUUUAUGAAUGUUGCAAUCUCUCAUUGUUUUUUUCAUUAGGCCAAGUAUGAUGCAAACCAGGAAUCAAAGAAGCAGCUACUCCCACUUGUAGCAGAUGAUCUUCAGGGCAUGGACAACCCUCGCGGACCUUCUGAAAAGAUCCAGAAUGGAAUCACUUCCUUCUCUCCUGGCAGGGACUACCAGUACGGCCGGACCAGUGUGCUGACUGACCAUUUCCAGUACAGCCGGCAGAGUCACCCUGGUGCACAUAAUCGUUAUGAUAUUUAAGUUCUGUCCUAAAUUAUUCCUUCCUGUCACCCCUGAUCAUUUAUUCUAAUUCUUAGAGAUGCCUGCCCAGACAACAACCCUUAAGAUCCUUGAUGAGGAAUGCAAGGGAAAUGUAUUGAGUGAAAAUGAGGUCUAGAAGACCACGUGUGACAGAACUAAAGGAGUAGUGACUCUUUGGCAUGAUGAAAAUGGUCAAACAUACAUUUCAAAAUGACAGACUAUAUAGUACUCUUGUUUAUAAGAGUUUUGAAAUGUAAGAGGAGCCCCCUUUUCCUGCAACUGCUAUCUAGUUCCUUUCUCUACAUUCUCCUUUACGAACAAUACUGGAAGACUUUGAAUUAAAUUGCAACUUCUUCAAAACAUAAGGAAAGCAAACUGGACUUUAGCCAAAGGAUGGCAUAUGCUAAUGGUUUUUCAAAACUGUUUUGGAUUAGCACUGUACUGCUGUAGUGUUUUCUUCUAACCCUUUCCACCUAACUGCAUCAAAUGACUCCAAUGCUGUAUCAAGAGUACAAACAAACCAGCUUACUUGAUGGCCUGCUUUGUAGUCUGCAUGAAAAUCCAUUAGAUGCGGCGCAAAUUGCUUCAGUUGUCAUGUGGAUUCUUGAAUGCAGGCCGUAGAAUUUCCACCCCUAUACAUUUUCUCCCCUGAUGGAGCAGCACAGAUUACUGUAAAAUGGAACCAUCAUCUUUUCAAAAUGCCCAAUGUACGUAAUGCAGUCACCUUCACUAUAGUAGCAUACCUUUAUGCCUCCCACUUAUAUUGAUUCCUUUUUGACUGAAACUACUAUGCCCUGGCAGCUGCAGAAUGAGAACAAAGAUGUGGGAGAGUCUGAGCUCAGGAUUGAACAUAGAAUACAUUAUUUAUGCAUUUGUUUUUGUUGCAAAAAAUCAAGAGUUAGUUUCAACAUUCAAAGGUGACAUGUCCAGUUUGAUAUUAUAUGCCACAGUUCUGGUGUGAAUGCUUAAAUGUGUUAUGUUUGCCAUUACAUGGAUAUUGUGUGUAGACUUAAAACAUUUUUAUGCAUUAUUGGUAUAAUACGUUAAAAUGCACUUAUGUCUUUCCCUUGGAUCUGCUGCUUCUGCAGUGACAAGGAGAUGGCUAAAACCGCAGCCUGUCCUUGUCAUUUAACUUUGAACGGGAGCACUGCGCUUAUGUCACAAACUGAGGUUUGAACCCAAAUGAGGACCAUAAUCCCUCUUUUCUUGACCACUGGGUUUAUUCUUUUACCCAUAAUAUUAUAAAAUACCUUUUUAUGAGGAGGUGGUCCAAACAGGUGGAAUUACUUUGUUUUGACCACUCACUAUUUUUAGUCAUGACAAAUAACAAUUAUUCCAAUUUAUUCAUGUUUAAUCAUGUCUAUAGCUCCCUUUCUAUUCUAUUUUGCAUAUAUUGUGUAAGAGGGCAGGGACUUUUAAACCCCGCAGAAAAAUGUCACCUCUUAUGCUGCUAGAGAACUUAAAGCAAUAGAAAAUUAUUAAUAUUGUUAUAGGUAAUAAGAAGUGUCUCUCUCCUCCCAAUGCUUAUGAUAUUCCAGGAGGGCACUUGCACAAUUAUGUUGUAAGGCACAGGUAAAUAGGUUGACCCACAGCUGUUACAGUACUUCCUCUCCCAUGUUGCAUUUUCAUCCUUGCAACUGGUAAAAUAACCUCAGAUUUGUUCUGCAAUGGCUCUGCUCUGCCUCAUUGACCACCCCUGUUGUAAGAUAUUUUAACAAACCAUGCAUACUUUUAAUACCUUAUUAUAAUGUGUGUGUGUGUAGCACAUACAGUUUCCUGCAAUCUUGAUUAAUGCUAUAUUCCAUGGUCCAAACACAUCAAGGCUAUACCAAAAUAAUGUAUGAGUCUUGAUACGCACGCACGCGCGCGCGCACACACACACACUGUGGGUGUUUCUAUAAUAAGAUAGGUAUGUUAUGUCCUUAAAGGGACACUAUAGUCACCCAGACCACUUCGGCUCAAUGAAGUGGUCUGGGUGCCAGGUCCCCCAGGUUUUAACCCUUCAGAUGUAAACAAAGCAGUUUCUGAGAAACUGCUAUGUUUACAUAGGGUUAAUCCAACUUCUAGUGGCUAUCUUCCUGACAGCUGCUAGAGGCGCUUCUGUGACGCAGAACGUCCAUAGGAAAACAUUGAGAAAUUCACUUAGGAGCUGACGUCGGCAGGGGAGGAGAGCCCAGCGCUGGAUAAUGGGUAAGUGGCUGAAGGGGUUUUAACCCCUUCAGCGCCAAGGGAGGGGGAUAUUAAAGGACCACUCUAGGCACCCAGACCACUUCAGCUUUAUGAAGUGGUCUGGGUGCCAGGUCCCUCUAGGAUUAACCCUUUUUUUUUUAUAAACAUAGCAGUUUCAGAGAAACUGCUAUGUUUAUACUGAGGGUUAAUCCAGCCUCCAGAGCCUCUAGUGGCUGUCUCAUUGACAGCCGCUAGAGGCGCUUGCGUGUUUCUCACUGUGAAAAUCACAGUGAGAGCACGCAAGCGUCCAUAGGAAAGCAUUGUAAAUGCUUUCCUAUGCGACCGGCUGAAUGCGCGCGCGGCUCCUGCCGCGCAUGCGCAUUCAGCCGAUGACGUCGUGAGCAAGGAGGAGAGGAGGAGUACAGCUCCCCGCCCGGCGCUGGAGAAAGGUAAGUGUUUAACCCUUUCCUCUCCCCAGAGCCGGGCGGGAGGGGGACCCUGAGGGUGGGGGCACCCUCAGGGCACUAUAGUGCCAGGAAAACGAGUAUGUUUUCCUGGCACUAUAGUGGUCCUUUAAGGUUUGUUUUCCUGACACUAUAAUGAUCCUUUAAAUUAAUCCACUGCAGUUCUAAUAGUACCCUUUUGUAAAGGUGCUGAUCGAUGUAGACGGAAAAUGUGAAAGAAUAAUUAAUUGCAAUGUGUUCUGAGCUCUACAUUUUAGAUGACUUUGUUAAUUCUUCCAUCUCAAAAACACAGAUAUGAAUUACAGUUUGUGUUUUUAGGGAACAAUAGCUGAUUUGCAACAAAGUUCUCAAAUUUCACUUUAAUCACAGAUUGGCUAAAAAAAAAUUCAAUUUUAUUUCAAGACAAUUCCUUGUACAGUGAAUAAACCACAAAAGCUUUUGCCUUUUUAUUUUGCUACUAUGACAACAAUAUUGCAGCGGAUUAGUGACCACACCUCUGAAUAUGGUCCAAAGAAAAUACCAUAUGUAUAAGCUUUUUAGGUUUGGGUUUUUAUUUUUGUUUUUUAAUUUUUGUUUUUUAAAGGGACACUAUAGUCACCUGAACAACUUUAGCUUAAUGAAGCAGUUUUGGUGUAUAGAACAUGCCCAUGCAGCCUCACUGCUCAAUCUUCUGCCAUUUAGGAGUUAAAUCCCUUUGUUUAUGAACCCUAGUCACACCUCCCUGCAUGUGACUUGCACAGCCUUCCAUAAACACUUCCUGUUAAGAGAGCCCUAUUUAGGCUUUCUUUAUUGCAAGUUCUGUUUAAUUAAGAUUUUCUUAUCCCCUGCUAAGUUAAUAGCUUGCUAGACCCUGCAAGAGAUUGAGAUACAAUUAUUUAAGGUAAAUUACAUCUGUUUGAAAGUGAAACCAGUUUUUUUUUUGUUUUUUUUUCAUGCAGGCUCUGUCCAUCAUAGCCAGGGGAGGUGUGGCUAGGGCUGCAUAAACAGAAACAAAGUGAUUUAACUCCUAAAUGACAGUGAAUUGAGCAGUGAAAUUGCAGGGGAAUGAUCUAUACACUAAAACUGCUUUAUUUAGCUAAAGUAAUUUAGGUGACUAUAGUGUUCCUUUAAGCAUGUAUGGUCUUUAUGAAGCAAUAGGAUCUGUCUAGACACCAUAACCGCUAGAACCCACUUUCCAAACGGUUUCACACUUUUAACCUUUGUACAUGGGUCCAUUUGGUGAUCAGGCCUCCAUUUCUGAAAUAUCUAAAAUGGAAGCUGUUCAUAUUCAUUAGCUGUGUCAAUUAUGUCCUUGCUAAGGCAAAAUGCUUUGGUUGGCUUUUUCAAACUAAUUUGAAUAUAGAACCUUCUUUCCACCAGUGGGACCCAAAUCCGUGCCAAACUAUUUGACUGCUUACCGUGCGAUGGUGCUAGCACCUGACUGGCACAAUAACCAAUAUAGCAGGCUGUAGUGGCUACGAUGCUUAGACUGCCUCUUUAACUAUAAAAUGGCACUGAGAAGAAUAUGUGGAAUAGCACCUUUUUAAUCAUGGUUACAGGUACAUUCUAAGCUCAUUCAUUCUUUUAUUAAUGUAUUCUAAAGAGAGUACAUUAUGCAAAAACAAAAUGUUAAAAUAAAACAAAUACUCCUAUAUGAAGUCCCUGCUUUUUCUGCAAAUCCCUAUUUCUUUCAACAUGCCAGCAACUCAGGCGAACUGUGUCCUACUGUUGAGCCUCUUCUGUCAAUGCGUUAAUGGCACUAUAAGGUGUUAAUGUAUGCCAUAGUACUGUAAACGCACAAAGCUGAACUACAAGUCACAGAAACUCAUGACAUGCACAGCAGUAUUUUUGAAGCAAAGGGGGAAACUGUGGGUUGGGCAAAAAUGGUGGGCAACCCCAACUUACAAAAACUAAAGAUUAAAAAAAAACAAAAAAACGCGCACAACUAUCUUUAAUCAAGCUUGCGCAUUACACCAAACUAUGGGUGCCUGGAAGGUAGCUUUAAGAUGGAAAGAUUUUUUUAUGGCCCCAGAUAACUCCCAUAUAUAAUAGAUAUGUAGUACAGUAGGAAAUUCAAUUAAGUAGCAAAAAUUCUAAGUUUGUAGUAGGUGUUUUGAGAAUGUAAAAUGUUUUUAAUUAAUACUUGUUUAUACAAUUUGGAAAAAGCAACAUUAGUAAACUUUUAAAAAAAAGUUAUUACUGUAAAAAUGUGAAUUGCGUCAAUACAAUUUGGUUCAGAACACGUUGAUUUGCUUUCAUCAAUGUAUUUAUUUGUGAGCAAAGCUAUAUGAAUGUGUCACAUUUUGGUAAAGGGGAAUUCUAAACCACAAAAACACUACAUCUCCAAACCCCAGGCACAAUCUCUUGGUUUAAUAUGGUUUUGUCACAUUUGUCUGGGUCUUUGCAUGUUUUGCAUAUUUCACAGUUUGAUAUAAACUGAUGGUAUUCGCAGUGCCAAAAGACCACUCCCAUCUUGGCUGCAUUGAUAAUGUAGAAUUGACACUUCCACAUUAUCAAUGUCAAUUUUGUCCAACAAGGGCAAUAUUGAUUGGAUGAGAGUGCUGGGGCAGUUUAACUCAGUUUGGUGGGGUGCUCCCAUGGUGCCAAGAAGACACACAGUUAAUCACUUUUUUGUAAUUUUUUUUUUUUAUGGUCUGAUAUUAAACCAAGAUCUGGAGUUAGGUAACUUUAGGCAGCUUAAGAACUAAAACAAUCUGUUGGUGUUUGAACUGCUUAGAAGGCCCCUAUAAUGAUAUGCACUUUUGAAUUUAAAGUAGUUAUUCACAAUGUAUUGUGAUAAGCCAACACAUACAUUAAAGAAAAUGUAAGAGUUGGAGGGGGUGGGGGGCUUGACUGCUUUAGGCUAAAUGUGUUCACUUGCUACAACUUUCUGCUUAGGGGAUAAUCUAAAAAUGUUACUUGACUAACUGUAAAUUGUUGGUUUAGUCUUUUGGAUACCAAGAAAAGUGUGAACUAAUGUGUAUCUUUCUCCUCUGUUAAAAGUACUUCUUGAGUUGGCUACUGAUACAACUUAACUUGAGGGAAGAAGAUUAAUUUGAGACGGUUGAGAUGCAUAGGAGAGCAAUCUGUAUAGUUUGUAGUGACUUUAGCUGGGUCCCAGGUAGAAUUUGCCAAAUGUUGCUCUUGUUAACAGGAAGGUUUCACAAAUGUCCAAGAUUGAUAUUAUAUCCCUGCAUAACUUGCUGCUUAGAGAAUAAACUAUUGGUUUUAGUUACCUGUAAAUGAAGCUAAACUGUGCAUUGCUGGAGACCGGUUAAUCUCUUUAAUUUUUUUUAUAAGUUCAGUUAAUAUAAAACCGUACAUUUAGAUACUUUUAGUAAUAUAUGUGCAAGUCAUGCAACUUUUAUUUUCCCUACUUCACCAGGAAGUAUGUCCCUUACAUUAGCAUAUCUCCCAAAUGUCCUUAUUUUGUGCCCAAAUCCAUGUGCACUUUUUUUAUUUCAAAUCCUAAUGUUCCUCUUUUAUAGGAGCAUAUUGUUGGUGUGCCUGAGUGCGUAACACCGCUCCACAGCAAUUAAGCUACAAUAAAUGUAUGCUUAGAAAGCACUGUGUAAAAAAGACACAUUGUUCUUGUUCUAAAUUACAUUUUAGUUACAUAAAUUAUGAGUAAGUCACCCAAAAUUUCCCAGAACAGCCCAGCCUUUGAUUAGACCCCUAAAUUUAAAAAUGCCCCUCACUUUUGGAAUGCCGGGAGGUAUGCAAUAAGCUGUACAUAAACUUCUAAUAAUCUGUAGAAUUGCUGGCCUUUGACUGAAUACAGCUGUAGCCACAGAUUUUUCUCCAUUUUUCCAACCUCUUCACUAAAACAGUGGGAAUAUCCUACAAUAUUUACAAAUAUAUCCGAACUUAUCUCGGUGUUAUAACACAUAUAGAAAUGUAUAUUGAAGCAUUACUGUAAAGAAACCAGUUAAAAAAAUACUAGUGAUGUGCAGCUUAACCUGUUCUGGUCCAUUGAGAAUGGCUAGUAAGCCUAGACAGGUUCAAACUGCAUGGGGGUUUGGUAACUAAACCAUGAAUUGUGGACAAUAACAAAGAUUGUUAACAAAAUCUCCAGUUUUUCAUCUUGGUUAUUGUGGCCUAAAGUUUGCAAUUCCCAUGUCAAAUCUUUGUUUAAGGAAUUAAGCCUAAUAGUAGGAGAGGCUGGGAUUACACUGAUAGUACUGAGAGGAAUCUAUAUUGAAUUGGUUAACCUUUGUAUGUAAUGCAGCGGACUGAGACACAUUAUGGAGAUAAUCGAAUUGCUAUUUCUUAAACCGCAGCUCUUGUGAUUCCCAGCAAGCUUUUGCACCUUGCUAACCUAUAUUGGUGUGUGUCCUCUACUAGCGUGAACAUGACUAUUUUCUGAAGGUUUACAAAUGCAUUUAACUCAAACCAUCCAUUGAUACUCUAUGAUGUUCAGUUACUUUUUAAUUAUUUUUAUUGAUCAUUUAAACUGUUAUUUUUAAUUUUACUUAUUAAAAGCAAGGCUUUCCUCAUACAUCACAAAGGAAAGGGAAAAUGUAUUAGAUGUUAGAGUUCUUUAGCAGUUGUGGGAUUCUAUUUUAAGAACUAUUCUGGCAAUGCCACAUGCAUGAUAUUCUAUACCCCUUUACAUCCCUUCCUUUCUAGCCAGGCCUCCCCUUUGCCCAGAAGUAAAACACUGGCUUUAUAUGUACAGUGAAGCUAUUUAUUGGAAGAGUGUAUAUAAAAAUGAGUUACCAUGUAUGUAUAUAUGAUAAAUAAGGUGUCAUAUAGAAAAGAAACUGAAGCCUUCUGUUUUAGUGUUUUCAUACAGGAUUUCAAUCUUGUACUGUAUAAAGUCAUAUUUUUUUUUUUAAUUAUGUUCAUGCGGGAUGGGAUGGGGAGUUUUUUUUAUGUACUGUGAAACUUGUCUCUGCUUGUGUUUGGGUUAUGUCCUAAAGAAAUUGGAACAAUAAAAUCAAAAUUAAAAAAGUUGCUUGUUUUCUUUUUUUUUGCCUCAGAAUGUGAAUGUAUGUUUGGUCGGGGGAAAAGGUCGUGGAAGAAUGCAAAGUCGGUUGUGGUGUGCUGAAACAGACAUUCGGGUAGGCCUGGGCGCUGUGGGUGG